AUGCAUAAGGAGCUAUUGCAAGGCUCUGAUGGCUUGCCGCUGGGCCUUUUGAGCCUAAAACAACGAUUCUCCCAAGUACAAUAUCUCGCCUCUCCAGACUUCCGGUUUGGGCUCGCUGGUCUUUCUCCGUGGUGGAAAGUUGUGGCAUAUGGCCUCUUAAUUGUCUUGUCAACGUUGAUAUCCCUUCUUGCAGGUCCUGCAACGGCCUUGUUACUGAUUCCAGAUGUUCACAGCAAUUGGCCUGCAGGCGGGGCUUCUAUAUGGCUUGGAGGAAGUGAUGAUGCUUUAUGGCCUUCCGUGCUAUCAGGCAAUGCAACGGGUGGGACUCACUGCACUUCUCCAACACCGCAGAUGAUAACAUCAGGGGCUCUUGUGAACAACGAUUGCCUUUGGGCGGGGAGCAUACCAAUUGGUGACAAGUUCAAGGAAGCUCAAUUUGCUAGUAUGACUGAUUUGCCAAUCAACGACAACCUUCUGCGUCGAAGUUUUGGCGAGGGAUUCAGAGGCUUCGGCAAUGUUUCUGCAACAGGAGGUCCUGAAACAUGGGUCAGUGGAACGCAUAUCGCACUAGGGGUCAUGAUGAAGAACGCUGGCCAGGUAUGGUUUCAGGCGUUGCUCAGCGUGACUUCGUCUAGUAAAUAUCAUGCGUUACGGUGGAGAAGUCAGGGCGGGACUGCUGGAUAUGGUGGAGGUAAGGCACCAGUAUACCCUUAUCUACCGGAAUAUGAUGUCAGCCUGAACCUCAAACUUCUUGUCCAAGCGCAGGCACCAGAUAUAUCUCGAUUGAAUACUUAUUGGGUGCCAGCUCCUCCAUCCGCUCGCCUCACCGAUAACACAACAACGACAGACAUACCCAGUGCUUUGCUGAACGUUUUCAUUCCUCCAAAGGGCACAAACUCCAGUUCAACGCUCUUUGUCUGCUCUAUUGAUUCAAGAUGGGCCAAUGCUGGCUAUAGCGGCAAGCCAAUUGAUUCGUUCGACGGACACUACAUCCAAUCAGUCACGGGAAUCCAUACUCGGAAUUACCCAUCUUCAUAUCCCGGCUUCGAAUACAGCCACUUGCCAGUCAAUGAUGGAUCUUGGCGUAAAGUCAGACUCGAGAGGGACUGGCUCGAAGCUUUGAUGCCUUCAGUUGACAAUAGUAGCUCUGGAUCUACCACACUUGCAUCUCUUCUUAGCGAUAUUGACAUCGGUAACCAAUCAAACACAAUUGCGAUUCCUACUCUGGAGGCUAUAAUUGCAACUUUAGUGACCGACGGCAUGUCACGAACAGGUUUCCGCACUAUCUUGGGCGCACCUGAAAGCCUGCAAGAUCCACUGACAUUACUCCCUGAUGAAUCAGCGUCGAAGUGGUCCAAUUUCAUGGAUGGCUCCUACUCCUUUCCACGGCCUGCAGGCCCAGCAACAGAGGUGAAGUGGUCAGUCACGGUUGAGGGUUACGCGUAUCAUGCCACCAGUAAAGCCUUUCGACUUUCAUUAGCAGUGCUCCUCCUUCACGCAACACUGGCCAUUGGGCAUAUUAUAUACGUAUUCUGUCCUCGCAUUUAUCGCAAGCCCUUUUUCCGAAAUCCGAUUUCCUGCGACACUUGGGAUACGAUGAUAAGCUACAUUGUGCUAGCUGCCGCGUCUGAUACCGCACCUAGCUGCACAGAUAACGAGAAUUCGAACACCGGCUCCUAUGCGACUGGUGCGUCAGGUACAAAGCCUCCUUCAAUAUUCGAGAACGCUUCUUCAGGUAUAUCGCGCUACAGGACAUUGAAGACCCAAGUCAGGAUCCGGGCGAAAGCAAGUACUUUGCAUGGUAUUAAUGGUCACAGUGUUGACGUAGCCGGUCCUGGAAUGCCAGUCCAAGCCAAGAUGUUCGCGAAAGCUAAAAUGCUCUUUGGACUUGAGAAGGAAGAGAUAUCCCGAGCAGGAGGUCUUGAAAGAAUAGCAGUCGACGAAGUCUACUCCUGA